AUGUCGUUGGCUCUGCAUGGAGGGGUGGUUGACAAAGUCACAGCUCUGCACGAUCCUUCUCAAAGGCAACGCCUUUUGGAGCUCUGGCCACGACUCCGAGGAGGGCUUGCCUCGAUGCCCAUCGACAGCAUUGUCACUUACUUUGGCAUCCAUACCGCCGAGUAUUUCGCCUUCCUGCACGAGUACGCGACAUGGCUCCUUCUGCCUGCCGUGCUCGGAGUUGCCGUGCAGGUCGCGGAGCCUGGGCCCUGGAAGCAGAAGGUCUCGUCGCUGCAGGGCUCGGCACAGCACAGCCCAGGCCCUGAGCUCAAGGUGUGGACCACAGCCUUCAUCGAGCACUGGAAGCGCUGCCGUGCCGGACUGCACUACCAGUUCGGAGCGAGGCUGGAAGACCGCCAAGCAGAAGCGGAGUGUGAGGCUCCUGCAGCGUACUGCAUCGAGACAAAGCGUCUGGCGCGUGCCUUCGCUGCUGGCUCGCGGCAACGAGCGGAGUCGGACCACAAGGUGCAUGACCUUUCGAAGGAAAAAGAACAGGGCCUGGCUACUUUGCUUGAAGUGGUGCUGCCGGGUUCCUUAUCUUAUUUCGAUUUCUCCGGACGGUGCCUUGGCAGCAUCGGGGACUGCUGGGGCUCUGGAUUCCGAGAGAGCCUGCCUGUCCUGAGUCAGGCACGGAAAAGCUUUGCAAUCGAUGCCUUCCUGCAGAAGGGCAACUGGAGCAGCAAGAAGUUAUGUCUUCAAUGGCCGUUGGCCGUUUUCUUGGUCUCAGUCCUCGUGCUUGGCCUCCUCCUGCGUGUGCUGGAUGGUCUGUUCUUCUCAGAGGAGGAAACCUCCUCCUGCUGCUGGGAGAUAGGACUCUGUGCUGCGGCGACCUUCGGACUGGCAGUAGCAUCUCGCCCCGCCAAGAGCAACAAGGCUCCGAGGACAUGCCAGAAGCAGGUCCCGGCAGGUCGCUGUGCGGCCAAGCCGGCGAAGCCAGUCAGCAAGCCAGCAGGCGAUGAUGCCAAGGUUGCCGAGGUGGUCGCUGCGGUUCGGGCCGGCAACAUGGAGCUUGCCGAGGCAAAGCUCCUCUUGCUGUGCAACUCCUGGAGGCUUAAAAACGGUGAUGCCGUGGAGUCUCUCAAUGCCCACAGCACGAUGGAGGCGAAGAUGGCCGAGAGAUGGCUCAGCUUCCUCGCGGAGAAGGGCGUGCUUCGAGACUGCAAUGCUGUGAUCACCGCAAACGCAAAAGAAAAGAACCCUGUGGCAGCCGAGAGGAUUGUGACGUUCAUGUGCAAGCAUGGUAUUGAGCCGGACGUGAUUACACUGGGUGCCGCCGUCCACGCCUUUGCCCAUGCUGGUCAGCAGAAGGAGGCGGAACGCAUGUUUGACCUCAUCUUGACCAGGGGCAAAACCCGCCCAGAUGUCAUCGGAUUCAAUGCAUUGAUCGAUGCAUCCGUCAAGGUCGGCGACACCAAGCGUGCAGAGUAUUGGCUGGCAAGAAUGCUGGAGAUCGGUCUGGAGCCCAACGUGGUUAGCUACACGACGGUGCUCCAUGCCCACGCCAAGCACGGAAACAUUGAGGCUGCUGAGACCAUGAUGAAGCUGAUGAAAUCAAACGGAAUCGAGGCCAAUGUGGUCACCUAUACGGCCCUCGUGAAUGCUUGUGUGAAGGCUGGAGAUCUACCCUGUGCAGAGAGGUGGUUUGAUGAGAUGCAGAGUGCGGGGAUUCAGGCAAACGCUGUUUCUUACAGUGCGCUGCUGAAUGUAAGCGCCAAAGCGGGCGACUUCAAGCGGGCGGAGCGGCUUCUGGAACGCAUGUGCCAAGACCGUGUGACGCCCACGGAGGUCUGCUUCAACAAUGUCAUCGAUGCAUGUUCCAAGGCCGGACAGGCUGCGCGCGCAGAACACUGGCUGUGGCGCUUGGCAGAAGGCAAGGAUAUUACCGCCGACCUUGCGCCAACACGCCAGUCCUUCACUGCUGCUGCGCAGGCACAUGCCAAGCUGGGAUCUUUCGGAGACGUGGAACGCCUCUUCCGGGCAAUGGAGGUCAGGGGCAUUUCGAUGGAUGCCUUCUGCCUAACCGUUCAACUCUCUGCUUAUGCACGAGCACGCCCACGCCAACGUGAACGUCUCGAGGAGGCGCUUCGCAAGUAUCACAGCCAAGGGCUGGCCAUCACCAAGCCGCCUCUCCGUGUGGCGAAGUCCGUCCUUGGAGCGCAGCGCCUCGAACAGCUCUGUGCCGAGAUGGGCAUGCAGGUUCCUGACCUCAAUGACUUCGCAGAGGAGCGCCGGCCCUGGCGGCGGCACUGA